AUGUUUGUCCAUCGACACGCUCCUCAACUAGACUUCGGCGUGGCUCGACAGCUCCAGCAGCUUGAAAACAAUAACAUAUUGAUUAUUGGUCAAUUGUCUCUUAAAGUAAUCCUCGUCGGCCGGGAUCAUUGUGGGCUCCAGAGGCCCAUUUUCGAAAUUCUCAGCGAGAGGCCCAUUGAUGGCCAUUCGCGUGAAGUUGGGCUUACUCCUCGAUGCUUUGGCCCAUUGGGCCUUUCUGAUUGGAACUCAACUUCUGGAUCGCGCAUCCUGGUGGGCCGUCGAUUUAGGCCGGAUCAAGAUGGAGUUGGGCCUCGGGCUCGAAAAGUUGCGGGCGUCGAGGCACGUGAUUCGGGAGUCCGGAUGAGGAAGAAGUCCAGUGAGAAUGGGCUUAAGACUGCUGGUGAUGGGCUGGAAUGGAGUUUAGUGAUUGAAGUUGGGCCUGGGCUUACAGUUGAAACUAUGUUGUGCGCCUCAUGGGCCUGA